AUGGCUGAUUUUGUCUUUGGUGAUUUUUCUGAACAAGAAGCAGAAAACUUGUUUGGUCAUGAUAAACAAGGAGUUAAAUUUCCAUGGGGUACAGAUGAUUGUGUCAAUACUACAAUUGAAUUUGGUUUUGAUGUUCCACCAGUAAUAUCACCAUCGGGUGGUACAGGUGUAUCUUAUUUAUGUAAUGGUAGUUUAUCACAUCAAGAAUCAACAAAUUCAGCAUUAACAUCUCCUCCUUAUUCAUCAAAAAGUUCAUCUAUUGAAAAUGUUAAAAUAAAUAAACAAUCAUCAUCUCAUAGUCGUCAUCAUAGUGAUAGAAAAUUAAAAAAAAAACGUCCACCUAAUUAUUAUAAACAAGAAUAUCAACAAAUGCUUGAACCAUCAACACUUCAACAUCAUAAUCAAAACGAUAUUAAUGAACAGACUGCACAACAAAUUGAACAAAAUACAAAUGAUCCACGAUAUAUAUCAUGUGAUCAAUGGGUUGAUUCAACAAUCAUCCAUCAACACGAUGAUAAACAAUCAACUAAUGAUGAUGAUGAAGAUGAAAAUGAAUCAGAUAAUCGUGAAACAGCAACUGAUACAGAUAAUGAUAUUGAUCAUCCUCAAAAUAUAUCAAUUAAUAAUAAAACAUUAUUAAAUAAUAAUGAUUUAUCAGUUUAUUCAACAUCAGUUGCAAGUGGAGCUUCAAUUGAAACCAUAAAACCAUCAUCAGAUAUUCUAUCAUCAUCAUCAACAAAAUCGAAACCAACAUCAUGGGCAGAUUUAUUUCGUAGUAAUCAAACAGCAGCAGUGGCAACAACAACAACAACAGCAACAAAUAUUCCAUCACAACAACAAUCUAAUCCAAUUCAAAAAAUUCCAACAAUAUCAUCACAACAAAAUGGAAGAAAUGCUACAACGAAUAAUUUUUAUCCUAAAACAAAUUAUCAUGUUUAUAAUAGCAAUGGUGAAGAAUCACGAUCAUUAGAAGAUUACUUUUCCAAAUGUGAAGUACGUCCAUCAGCUAUGGCGAUCAAACCUCGUGGAUUAUUAAAUAAAAGUAAUUACUGUUAUGUGAAUGCGACUCUUCAAGCACUUCUUGCUUGUCCUGCUUUUUUCAAUGUAAUGAAAUAUAUUCCACUUAAUGAAGAUACAGCUAAUCAUAAUGUCCCAUGUAUAAGAGCUCUUCAUUCAUUUGUUAAUCAAUUUGAAAAAAUGGAUCGAAGUAAAUCAAAUUCUAAUUAUAAAGAUAUUAUAUGUGGUUCAUCAUUUGAACCAUUGGAUAUUCUUCAAGAAUUAUCUCGUCUUCGUCAUGCACCUAUUGAAAUUAUUAAAAGUAAACAAGAAGAUGCACAUGAAUUAUUAUGUCAAUUAUUAAGUGAAAUUCAUGAUGAAAUCUGUCAAAUUUUAUAUAAUCCAUCAACAAAUAAAAGCGAAGAAUCUACAACAGAUCCAGAUUUAUCAACAUUAACAGCGGAUUUACAAUUAAAAGGUGAUGAAAAAUCUGAAGAUUGGCUUCAAGUUGGAAAACGUAAUCGUACACAUGUUCUUCGAACGAAUGAAAUUCGAAAAAGUCUUAUUGCUGAUAUAUUUGCCGGAAAAUUUCGUUCAAUAAUACAUAGUGCUGGAAAUCAAAAAUCAGUUAUGCAUGAACCAUUUUUUACUCUUUCAUUAGACAUUAAAGAUCCAAAAAUAACUUCACUUGAUGAAGCUCUAAUACGUUUUUGUGAACAAUCAGCACUUUCUGAUUACGUUGAUAGUAAAAAUCGUCAAAAUGUUCAUACAAAUAAAACAAUGCUAAUCGAACAAUUACCACCUAUACUUAUUAUACAUUUAAAAUGUUUUCUAUAUGAUGAAGCUGAUGGAAUAAAAAAACUUAAUAAAUCUAUUAGUUAUACCGUUAAUUUAACAUUACCAAAAAGUAUUUUAACAGAACAAGCUCGAAAACAAUAUCAUGAACGAUAUAAAUUAUUUGCAGUUGAAUAUCAUCACGGUGAUCAUGCAACGAAAGGACAUUAUAUAACUGAUGUAUUUCAUCCAGGUCUUCAAGGAUGGUUAAGAUUCGAUGAUGGUAAUGUUCAUGUUGUUACAUCACAUCAAGUUAUUAAUUCAACAGCUGAUAAACUUACGCCUUAUUUACUGUUUUAUCGUCGUGAUUAG